AUGGCGAUCGAAAACCUGAUCACAGAUCCGGCCCUUCAAACACUGCGGCACACCUCCGAGGCUACGCUCGCGCAGACUCUCUCGGUUCUCUUCUGGGUUGAAGACCACGCCUCGACGCCUACACCAUCCCUCGAUCUUAAGCUUGACCUUGCCCAACAACAGAAGAUACUCAACGCCUACUUGGCCAAGCUUCGUGGAUUACAUCGUCAAGCGGCAUUCGGUGUACGCGCUACGAAACAGGAGACGGCAGAGGCGAGGCAGGAGGUGGAUAGGUUGUUGCUGCAACUACAGAACCUGUAUUAUGAGCAAAGGCACUUGAUGGGAGAAAUUGGAGCAUGCGAGGGCUACGAUCAUGCAUACAUGCAUUUACCCAUUCGACCUCUCGAUGAAUACCUCGCACUGUUUCCCGAGCAUGCUGAUUUACCGGAGCAGGAGUUGAUGCCCAAGAGGAUUGAGUAUGAGAGGCAAGAGCGUGAGAAAAUGGAACAAGAGAGACUGGAACUGGUAAAGAUCAAGGACGGCCUGGUCAGAGAAAACACAAGGAAGAAGGAUGAGCUCAAAAAGAUUGACGAGAAACUUGAGGCCAUGAUUGACGGGUUCAAGUCAGUCGAGGAAGCCUUGCAAAAGGAUCUGUAA